CUGUCCCUCCCACUCAGUUUUGAACGUAUCGAUGACAAGUACAACCUGGCUACGACAACGGCUUCUACCCACUGGCGGAAGAAUACUAACGCCGAAAAAAAGGAAUCAAUUAUAAAUCUUUUGGUUCCGAUCUCUUUCUCCCUUGAGCCGAUCCUCUGUAGUUUUCCUCGGUCGCUCCGGGAAUCGGCAUCAGCAGGGCUUCUCGGCGCCAGGGGGAGGAAUUGAGGUCGCUGCCGUGAUGGAGGAGGAGAAGGCGUCCCAGGCGGCGGUGGCCGCCGAGGCGUUAUCCGACAAGGAGGGCCACGGAUCCGACUGUAGCCCCCUCGUCGGUGGAAGCGGCAGGGAGAUCCACUAUGGCGGCUGGGUCUACCACCUUGGGGUGAACACAGUCGGCCAUGAGUAUUGCCAUCUCCGAUACCUCGUCCUCAGAGGGGCGUACAUCGUCAUGUACAAGAGGGACCCUGAAGAGCACCCUGGCAUGAAACCAAUUAGGAAAGGAUCUAUAAGUCAUACUCUCAAGGUUGAGGAGGUAGGGCGCCGUAACAUCAAUCAUGGGGAACUGUAUGUUCUGAGGUUUUACAAUCGGUUGGAACAAAGAAAACUGGGAGAAAUUGCUUGUGCUUCUGCUGGAGAAUCACAUAAGUGGAUGGAGGCAUUUGAACAGGCCAAGCAACAGGCUGAGUACAACUUGUUGAAGGGGAGUACCCGCCAAAGAUUCAACAUGGAUGGGGAAUUUAAUCUUGAAGGGCAUCGUCCCCGAGUAAGGCGAUACGCAAAAGGCUUGAAAAAAUUGAUAAAAAUUGGUAAAGGUCCAGAAAUGCUUAUUCGACAAUCGUCAGGUCUUGGAAGCAAUGCGAGAAGAGGGGCAUAUUUUGAAGGAGAUAUAGGAGAUGUGAUUGAAAUGCAUGAUUGGAAAUGUGUUCGGACUGUCAAUGGCGUUAGAAUCUUUGAGGAUGUCUCCAAUUCCAAGGAUGCAAAACGUUUGCUUCUAAAAUCUGUCAGCAUCAUCGAAGCAAAUGCAGAUACCGUCUUUGAAGUUGUUCUCAACCUUGAUAGGCACAAGAGAUAUGAAUGGGAUACGUUGACAGGUGAUCUUGAGCUAUUGGAUUCUGUGAACGGGCACAACGAUGUUGUUUAUGGAACUUAUGAACCCACUCAUCUUAAUUGGUGGCAUUCAAAAAGGGACUUCAUAUUUUCUAGGCAGUGGUUUCGUGGACAAGAUGGUUCAUAUACAAUCUUGCAACUUCCUGCUUCCGACAAAAGACGACCUCCAAAAUCUGGGUAUCGGCGUACGAAAAUCAAUCCUUCAACGUGGGAAAUCAGAAGGCUAAAAACAUCAAACUUUUCAACGGAAAAAUGCCUUGUAACUCAUAUGCUGGAAGUCCAAUAUUAUUCUUGGGGUGGAUGGUGGAGAAAACAAUUCUCGAACUUUGAUAAAACCAUUCCAUAUGCUUUGCUUUGUCAAGUAACAGGACUAAAGGAAUACUUUGGAGCAAAUCCUUCCCUAACAAUAGAUACUUCUUUGACAAUUGUGGAACCAAAAGUAUCUGAUGCUUCAACUGCUGAAACUGAAUUCAAGGAUUCUGAGAUGGCAGAUGAAUUUUUUGAUGCAACUGCUAGUAGUGAUUCCUUGGAUGAUGAAGAUAGUGAUGAUGAGAUCGAGAUUUCUAAGGGGGCUGGAAAUCUGAAGCUGAAGAAUGUGUCAUGGGCAAUCUUAGCUUUAAGGGGAAGCAAAGGUUUAUUGGAGAGAAGUGAAUUAGAUGCCAACUGUCCAUCUGUUACUAUUGACCCAAGACAAUUUCAUGGAUCCAUGGUGCAAGGUAAAGCGCAGACAGACAGCAAUUGCUGGAGCUCUCCAAAUGGACAUGGUUUCAUGAUAAGAGGGAAGAACUAUUUAAAAGAUUACUCUAAGAUUGUAGGAGGAGAUCCUCUUUUGAAGCUUAUUGCAGUUGACUGGUUCAAAGCUGAUAAUAAUAGCAUUGAUAAGGUUGCAUUACAUCCCAAGAGUCUAGUGCAGUCAAAAGCAGGAAAAGCUCUUCCAUUCAUUCUUAUCGUAAACUUAGAGAUUCCCUCAAAACCAAACUACAGCUUGGUUCUUUAUUAUGCAGCAGAAAAGCCUUUAAGCAAAGAUUCUUUAUUAGGUAGAUUUGUAGAUGGAACUGACAUGUUCCGAGACUCUAGAUUCAAACUCAUACCCAGUAUUGUAGAGGGUUAUUGGAUGGUCAAGCGUGCAGUUGGAACUAAGGCAUGCCUAUUGGGAAAAGCUGUAACCUGCAAAUAUCUUCGUCAAGAUAAUUUUCUAGAGAUAGAUGUGGAAAUUGGUUCCUCAUCUGUUGCAAGAAGCAUAAUCAGCUUAGUUAUUGGUUAUAUCACAAGCAUUGUUGUUGACCUUGCAAUAUUAAUUGAGGCAAAGGAAGAAAAUGAGCUUCCUGAGUACAUUCUUGGUACAGUUCGACUAAACCAAGUGAGGCUGGAGUCUGCAGUACCUUACUGGGGAGAAUCUUGAACAGAUUCUGAUGAAAUUUUCCCUGGCAACAGACACAUCAUAUUAUUUAGCAUUUGCGUUUUUCAAAGAAAUGUCAUUUCUCUCAUGGGUGUACAUACAUUCAAAUCGUCACGAGUGGCUUAUCUCAUACUUUAUGGUUCGAUAUGAUAGCAACGAAUGUUUUAGUCUUCAUGUAAGCUUAUUAGAGAAAAAUUAAAUUGUUUAGCGGGUGAACUGAUGGCUUGCAUCAUUAUCAGCUUGUGCAAGUCUAUUGAAUUGUAUCUAAGAUGAUCUUUUGAAUUGUUACUAACAUCCAUAGUAAUAUUUAAAUUAUUCAUAUUUUAAUAA